AUGGACCACCCGAGUCCGUCCGCCGACCGCAGCAGCGGUGCGGCACCACCACCACCACCAGGAGCGACGACCAGACGAGAAGGAGAUGGGCCAGCUGGCGUAGUGGUAAUAUCCGACGACGAAAGUUCGGCCAGCUCAAUGUCGGAUGAGGAGGACUCAGGUACCGACCACAACCACGACGACAAGAAGCGUCAUCACCGCGACGGCACCACCCCCGCCGGCGGCAGAUAUAGACCCCAUACACCUACGCCGCCGCCGCAGCGACGCUCACAGCAACACGUUCCGCCGCCGCCUAGGGGGAGCAGGGAGAGAGAUAUUCGUGCGGAACGGCAUCGCGACUUGCGUGAACGUGAGCGUGAUCGGGAUAGGGAUAGGGAUCGCGACAGGGAUAGAUCUCGGGGUCCGGACCCGAGGCGACGGGGAGGAGGGGGAGGAGGAGGCCUACCGCCAUCACCGCCACUGGAUAGGGACCAGGAUCGAGAUCGGGACAGAGACAGAGACAGGGACAGGAACCGCGACAGGGACUACGACAGAGACAGAGACAGUGACAGAAGUCUGCGCGACAGCCCUCCUCUGAGGGACAGCCCUCGCCUACGAGACAGCCCUCGUAUAAGGGAACGAAAGCGGCAGAGCUUCGCGUUAGACGAAAAGUACCACGGCGGAGGGGGAGAAGGAGGCCGCAGCACCGUCAACGGCCACGCCAGGAGACAGCAGAGCGUGCCCCCCAACAGCGCCAACAACGGCGCAAAACGGCAGAGCAUCACGGAGCGGCUCAUGAGCACCUGGACAGCGGCGCGGUCGGGCGCGGCGCGCGGAGCGGGGGAUCAUCCGCCGGGCGUCGGGGCCGCAGCCGCGGCGGCGGCAUCCACGCUCCCCUCGCGUCGCGCAUCAUCGGCCUCGACGGCGAGCAAGGCGUUCAACCCCGUCGGCAGGGUGCGCGAGUGGCUCGACACGUGCAAUGCCGAGCAUGGCGACCACUGCUCCGGCCCGCCGACGGAUACGUGGCGGCCGAUAUGGCUGAUUGACUCGGUGAACCGGUGUCUCGUGCGCGCGAGGGCGACGGAUCGGUAUAUCGCGCUCAGCUACGUCUACGAGCCGCCGCUGCCUUCAUCGCGGGGUCCCGUGGAGACGUUGCGGGAGAACCUCGAAGUGUUGACGGCGAGCAUGGAUGACGCGGAUAUCCCGCAGACGAUUCUGGAUGCCAUGUGGUUGGCAAGGAAGCUGGGGAUUAAGUACCUCUGGGUCGACCGGUUUUGUAUAGUGCAGGACGACGACGUGGAAAGGGAGGAGUACGUCAAGAAUAUGGCAUACGUGUACGCCAACGCCUACAUGACCAUCGUGGCGGCCGCGGGCGACGCCGAGUCCGGGCUGACGGGGUUGUUGCGGAGGACGCCGCCGCCGAGGGGCACCGCGGCGAGGAAGCACGAAGAUUUGGUGCUCUCGUCGCGGUGGGCGGGGCGGGCGUGGACGGUGCAGGAGGGCAUGUACUCGCGGCGGAAGGUGUACGUUUUCGAGGAGACGGUGACGUGGGAGUGCCACUGCGACUUGUGGCAAGGGCCGCCGGGCGCAGCGGGCGGCGGCAGGUUCAGCAAGAUCCUCAAGGGCGGAGGGCUGGGGAGGCACGGCGGCGGCGGGGGGCCGUGUGCGUCGAGGACGUUCCCCGCGGCGACGGGGUACCUGCACCCCGUGUGGCCCGACAUGGACGAGUAUGCGCGGAUCGCGAUGGAGUUUAGCGCGCGGCGGGUGACGCUCAUGUCGGAUACCACGAGGGCGCUGCGGGGCAUCACGACGGUGCUGUCGCGGUCGUUUGCGGGCGGCUUCGUGUUCGGUAUGCCGGUGAGCUUCCUGGACGUCGCGAUGCUGUGGCAGCCGAGGGCGAUGGUGCGGCGGCGGCUGAUGGUGCAGCCCGUGACCGGGAUGAACCCGCUGCCGUCGUGGAGCUGGCUCGGGUGGCACUACGACGGCGUGCCCGCGGACCUGACGCUCUGGCGGGCGGCGGCGGAUUACGUCCAGGAGGCGCCUGCGCAUCACGGCAAGAGGGGCGCGGAGAGAAGGUUCAAGAGCCCUUACGCGUUCCGGUUGCGGUCGUUGGUGAGUUAUGAGCUCACGGACCGGGCGACGUAUACGCCGUUGCCGAAUGAUGGGAUGGCGUACCGGGAUCGGAGGCAUCGGAGAACGGUGCCGUUGCCUGCUGGGUGGUCGAGGAGCGGUGGCGGGUUCCGGUAUGCAGGGGAUCCGGAGGUUAUGUUUCGGUACCCGGUGCCCGUGGCGGAGAUGGCUGGCGGAGGUGGAGGAGGAGCGGACGGAGCCAUCCCGGGGCCGGGAUUGUCGCCGUUUGGGGACUUUGCGCUGAGCGCCACGCUGCUUUCGUUCAGCACGACGGUGGCGUACCUGGACGUCGACUUCGCCGUGGCUAGGAACGGGGCGCCGCUCGAUGCGAAAGCGGCCAACGCGGUGAACUCAGGGAACAACACGGGGCCUGGCACGGGCUUGGUGGCGCCCGGACGAGGGUACGGCGUCCCGUUGGCGGUAGGGAAUAUCUGGUCGAGGACGGGCAAGUGGUGCGGCGUGGUGACGGCGCACGAUAGCUGGUUGGGCUUGCAGGGGGCGAAUCAUACGGGGGAAGAAAAGCUCGAGUUCGUGGCCGUGUCGAUGGCGAGCGAGAGAGGGGGGAGUCAUGUGUUUGACCUGGAUGCGUUCCGGGAUAACAUGGACGAGGACGAGAUUGUGGACUUUGUUAAUGUGCUCUGGGUGGAGAGGGUUGGCGGGGUGUGUUACCGGAGGGGGCUUGGACAUGUUGUGCAGAGGGUGUGGGAUGCGGUUGCGAGAGACCGGAUCGAGGUUCUUCUUGGAUAG